UGGCAGCACUAGUGGCGCGCUGGUAAAAUUUUCAACGAGCCAACGGACUCACAACGAGCAAAAUUUGUAAUCAGUUCUCUUUGAAACGUUAAGCGGUAAACAUGGUUUUCGGAAAUAGCGGCGCUUACGUGAAAGUUUCUUGUUUUUAAGUAAAAGUUGUUAUUUGAAUAAGUACCAUACCUCGCCACGCCGCGCAUCAUCAGCCAGCAAACCCAGCUAUAAUACACGAACACAACACGUUUUUGUAUCGAAGUUGAACUAGUACGAGUAGUUAUUAACUGUGUGGCCCGUUGGCGAAGAAGUGGUUUAUGUGUUUUUUUGUUUCGUCGUUUGUUUGAAAUAUUGCGCGCUGCUGCUGUUUACCACCGUUUGAGAUCGUUUAAACUAAAAAGUGUCGAAAUUCGAAAAAAAUAGAAUUUCAAAGAGGCAAAAGAGUUAGUGUAACACUAAAGUUGUAUCAGCCAAAAAACAUGAAAUAAAACAAAUUAACGAAUUUAUUUAAAGCAAACGCCGCCGAGUGCCGAUAAAGAAUUAUUGAACACGCAAGAAAAGCGCAAAAAGCAAAGAAGUGCAAUCAGUGCAUUUGAAGCAAAAUACAAGUUGGUAGCACUAAAAAUAAAUCUGUGUGCCACAUCGCAUUUGCCGCAAGUGUGAAAAAAUCGCUUCGCUCGCAUUUACCACCAAGGAUUACGGUUUGCGCGUUUGACUUAAGCGAUACUAAUAAUAAAAAAUAAAAAAACAGCAAAAGAAAACUCUCCAAAAAAAGUUCAAGACCCCCUGUGACUUUGCAAAGAAAAAAAAACGCAUAUUUAAGGUCCAAAAAAAUAUGUUCUUCAAAAGAUAGUGAAAAGCGCUUCGUGUGCCAUGUCGCAAAUAUGCCAUGAGCAGUUACCAAGUGUAUGCAUCAAAAUUUGUUGUUAAGUGCAAAAUAAAGCAAUUAAUUGCAAUUAAAAAGUAAAAUCCAACAAAUAGAAAGUAGCACAGUUGUGCGAGCGGCUUUUUCAGUCCUCAGAGCAACAGCCAGCAGCACCCCGAAACCAAUCACCAACCGAAUUGCAAUUGUACCCCACAAUAUACGCAACACUUACCACUUAUACACAUUACCACAAUGCGUUCUUCCUCCUUCAUCACCUCCAACACAUUAGCUGUCUGGACGACGGCGGCGACAACGACAACGAUACGCUGCCGCCAGCUUCUGUUCCUGUUCAUCAUUGUCAGCAGUCUGACCAGCAGCUAUACGCAUUCCCAGCAAUGCUCCUGGGAGUUCGUGCGCACCACACUCGAUAUCAAGUGUAAUUUGCGCGCCAUCGAACCGCUGGUGCCGCUCGAUCUGCAAGUAGCCGAAACUGCCAAUCGGCUAGAGAUACAAUGCUCUGGCGAUCUACUCUACGCCAGCGAAUUGCCGGCAAAUGCCUUUGCGCGCCUACAAAAGCUCGCCGAACUGCAAUUGGAUGCAUGUAAAAUGCAACGCAUCGCUGCCAACACUUUCGAUGGCCUCAUGUCGCUGAAGCGUCUCACCGUGCAGACACAUAAUUCUGUCUGGGGACCAGGCAAAUCGCUCGAAAUCUUGUCUGGCUCAUUUGCCGGUCUGCGCGAAUUAACCGAGUUGAAUUUGAGCGACAACAAUAUACGCCAACUGCCCGAGGGUGUUUGGUGUACCAUGCAGAAUUUGCAAGUGUUGAAUUUGACGGCAAAUCGCAUACGUUCCGCUGAGAACUUGGGCUUCUCGGAGAAGAUGUGCACGCUGAAUGGCGCCAGUGGUGGCGCCGAAUUGCAAGUCUUGGAUGUUUCGCACAAUGAGUUGCGCGCCCUUCCCGAUGUGUGGGGUGCGUCGCGUUUACGCCGCCUACAGCAAUUGAAUUUACAGCAUAACAACAUUACCACAUUUGCACCGAAUGCGUUGGCCGGGUUGAGUUCAUUGCGCAUACUAAAUUUGUCCUACAAUCAUUUGGAGACGCUGCCUGCCGAUGCGUUUGCCGGCAAUAAGGAAUUGCGAGAAAUUCACCUGCAAGGCAAUGAAUUGUAUGAUUUGCCGAAGGGUUUGCUGCAUCGUUUGGAACAACUGCUUGUACUGGAUCUGAGCGCCAAUCAGUUGACAAGCCAUCACAUUGACAACAACACCUUCGCCGGGCUCAUCCGCUUGAUCGUGCUGAAUUUAUCUAACAAUGCACUUACACGAGUGGGCGCUAAGACCUUCAAGGAGCUCUAUUUUCUGCAAAUACUUGACAUGCGCAAUAAUUCGAUUGGACACAUAGAAGAGGGCGCAUUUCUGCCGCUUUAUAAUCUACACACGCUGAAUCUCGCCGAAAAUCGCUUGCAUACGUUGGACAAUAAGAUCUUCAACGGCCUGUUUGUGCUGACAAAGUUAACGCUGAACAACAAUCUGAUCAGCAUUGUCGAGACACAAGCAUUCCGCAACUGCUCCGAUUUGAAGGAGCUGGACCUCAGCUCCAAUCAGCUGGUUGAGGUACCAGAGGCUGUGCAGGACCUUACAAUGUUGAAAACACUCGAUAUGGGUGAGAAUCAAAUCUCCGAAUUCAAAAAUGGCACAUUUAAGAAUUUGAGUCAGCUGACUGGCUUGCGCUUGAUCGACAAUCGCAUUGGCAAUAUCACGCUCGGCAUGUUCACCGAUCUACCACGCUUGACCGUGCUCAAUCUGGCUAAGAAUCGCAUACAGACCAUCGAACGGGGCUCCUUCGACAAGAAUAAUGAAAUCGAAGCCAUACGCCUGGAUAAGAACUUCCUUACCGACAUCAAUGGCAUCUUCGCUACGCUUGCCUCCUUGCUGUGGCUCAAUCUCUCCGAGAAUCACUUGGUUUGGUUUGAUUACGCUUUCAUCCCAUCGAAUCUCAAGUGGCUCGACAUACAUGGCAACUACAUAGAGGCGCUGGGCAACUAUUAUAAACUGCAAGAGGAAAUUCGCGUUACCACACUAGACGCCAGCCAUAAUCGCAUCACUGAAAUCGGAGCUAUGUCAGUGCCAAACUCGAUCGAGCUACUCUUCAUCAACAACAAUAUCAUCAACCAAAUACAAGCUAACACUUUCGUGGAUAAGACACGCUUAGCGCGCGUGGAUCUCUACGCCAACGUGCUUUCGAAGAUUACACUAAAUUCGUUACGCGUCGCCCCAGUCGCCACUGAUAAACCGGUGCCGGAGUUUUAUCUGGGCGGUAAUCCCUUCGAGUGCGACUGCUCAAUGGAAUGGCUGCAACGGAUUAACAACCUUACCACCCGCCAGCAUCCACGCAUUGUCGAUCUCGGCAACAUUGAAUGCUUGAUGCCGCACAGUCGGAAUGCGCCCAUACGUCAACUGGCGGCGCUCAGCAGCAGCGACUUUGUCUGCAAAUAUGACUCCCACUGUCCAGCGACGUGCCACUGCUGUGAUUUCGAACAGUGCGACUGCGAAAUGGUCUGCCCUGACAAUUGUACCUGUUUCCGUGACGCUACCUGGUCGACAAACAUUGUAGACUGUGGGAAACAGAAUCGCAUUAAUCUACCCGCACGCAUACCUGUCGACGUCACCGACCUCUACUUGGAUGGCAACAACUUGCCUGUGCUGGACGCACAAGUGUUUGCGGGCAAACGUAAUUUACGUGCGCUCUACCUGAACGCCUCAAAUGUUAUGUCCGUGCAGAAUGGCACCUUCGACGAGCUGAACAUGGUGCGCACACUGCAUUUGGAAAAUAACAAAUUGCAAACGCUUGAGGGCCAUGAAUUCCGUCAGUUGUCACUGUUGCGCGAGCUGUACCUGCACAACAAUCUCUUGACCCACAUCUCGAAUGCCACAUUCGCGCCGCUAGUGUCGCUAAAGGUGUUGCGCCUCGAUAAUAAUCGCAUGACGGCUAUGCCAAUUGCGCAGCUGGCCAAUCUGCAGUACCGCAACAAUUUGCAGGGUCUGACAAUUGGACGCAACGCGUGGUCGUGCCGUUGCCAAUUCUUGCAGGAGUUGGCGCAAUUCGUGGCGGACAAUGCGAUAGUGAUACGUGACGCACAGGAUAUCUACUGUGUGGAUGCGGGUGUUAAACGUGAACUCGAUUUGCUCACGUCGGGCGGCGUUGAUUGCAGUGAGCUGCUGGAAAGUGCCAGCAAUAUGGCCUCGCAAGACAUCGCUGGCGGCUACGUGCCAUUGCUCGCCGCAGUGCUAGUGCUGAUCUUUCUCAUCGUCGUGUUAAUCAUCGUUUUCGUCUUCCGCGAAUCUGUGCGCGUCUGGCUAUUUGCGCACUAUGGCGUGCGUGUAUGUGAACCACGUUUUGAGGACGCCGGCAAGUUGUACGAUGCGAUUAUUCUACACUCUGCAAAAGAUUACGAAUUUGUUUGCCGCAAUAUCGCCGCAGAAUUGGAACACGGCCGACCACCAUUCCGACUGUGCAUUCAACAGCGCGAUCUGCCACCAGAAGCAAGCCAUUUGCAAAUCGUCGAAGCUGCGCGCGCAUCACGUAAAAUCAUAUUAGUGCUCACACGUAAUCUGCUGUCCACCGAGUGGAAUCGACUCGAAUUCCGUAAUGCAUUCCAUGAGGCGCUGCGUGGCCUCGCACAAAAGCUGGUGAUCAUCGAGGAGACGAACGUGUCCACCGAAGCUGAAGAGGUGCCUGAACUUGCGCCCUAUCUGAAAUCAGUGCCCUCCAAUCGGCUUCUCACCUGCGAUCGCUACUUCUGGGAGAAGUUGCGCUAUGCCAUACCAAUUGAGCUAUCACCACGCGGCAACAACUACACAUUAGACCAUCAUGAGCGUUUCAAGCAACCCGUCUCACCAGGUAUGAUCUUCCGUCAAGCGCCCCCACCGCCCGCCUAUUACCAAGAAGACAUGGAAGCUAACUACUCAUCGGCAACCACGGCCACGCCUUCGCCACGCCCCAGUCGCCAUGGUGCACGCAUUGUCGAUGCGAUACCCAUGCGUCCGCCAUCCGAGCACAUCUACCACAGCAUUGAGUCCGAGUAUAGCGCUUACGAUCCACAAGAAGCGCUUUCCAUGAUACCGAAUGGCGGCAGUGCGGCCACAUUCAUGCAACAUCACCCCCACCAGCCACAUCAUCCCUUGCAACAUGCGCAACAACAGCAAUUGCUCGCGCCCAAUAGCUACCGCGUACACCACCAUUCACAGCAGAACAACCCUCGCGCCAGUGCGGCUGGCCAUCAUGCGAUGGUCAUGCAAUUGCAACAGCAGCAACAACAACAGCAGUGGCGGCCAUCGAUGUGUGUGACGCAAGUACCGCCAACGAAUUUAUUAUCCGGCACAAUGACGACGACGAUGACCAAUCAACAACAGGCCGCGGCGACAGCUCCCAUACAUUUGCGCACCGGCAGCAAUUUGAGUCAGGCGAGCACGAGCACACAAUCAACAUCCGCGGCUGCGCAAACGCCCCAACCGCAAGCAUCAACUUCCGCUGCGGCGGCGGCGGCGGCGGCAGCUGCAGCUGCUAAGACGGACAAUGGCAGUGGCUCAGGUGCGACGACGACAAUUGCAACGGAGGGCAAUGCCAAUGCAAUGGCAGGGAGCUCAAGCGCGGCGAAUAAGAACAAUGGGCAGGCGUUUUUGGUAUAAUGAA